CCGAGGGUCCAUUGGAGGGUCUGAGCUGCUGUCAUCUGCGGUGCUGCUGUUUCUGUGCGGUCUCUCCUCCGCGCCUCUUCCUCAUCCCAUCGGCUGCACCGCUCAGCCUCAUUACGUAUUUUAGUUCAGAUCUAUGCUUUUUACACUGCGGAGAAGCGGUGGAAUUAGAAGCAUUUUCUCCGCAAAUAAUAAGACGCAAGGAUGAGGCUGGCGAAGGGGUGGCUGUGCACUGUUCUGCUCCUGUCCCUGCUGCUGGUUUUGGGAUGGGCCAAUGAGGACUCGGAGGCCGAUGUGGAGGUGGAGGACAGUCUGGGUCUGGAUGAAGAGGAAAUGAGGGUUCUGAUGUCUGAGGAUGAAGCGAUAGCCAAAAGAACGAGCAUGGCCAACAAAAAGGCAGCCACCGCAACUGCAGACGCUAAUAUCUCCUUCCAGGUGAUAUACAAGACUCCUGUGCCCACCGGUGAGGUCUACUUUACAGAGACAUUUGAUGAUGGGUCCCUGGACAGGUGGCAGCUGUCAAAGACGGUGAAAGGGGACGCAGACGAUGAGAUCGCAAAAUACGAUGGGAAGUGGUCUGUAGAGGUUCUGAAGGAGAAUAAGGUUCCUGGAGACAAAGGUCUGGUCCUGAAGUCCAGAGCAAAACAUCACGCCGUUGCUGCUCUUCUCAACAAACCCUUUGUGUUCAAGGAUGACCCUCUGGUGGUCCAAUAUGAAGUCAAUUUCCAAGAUGGUAUUGACUGUGGCGGUGCAUACAUCAAACUACUGUCAGACGAAGGGGAUCUAAAUCUGGAGCAGUUUCACGACCGCACCCCUUACACCAUCAUGUUUGGGCCGGACAAGUGUGGAGAGGAUUACAAACUUCACUUUAUCUUCAGACACGAAAACCCUCUGAACAAAGACAUUGAAGAGAAACAUGCUAAGAGAGCAGACGUCGACCUCAAGAAGUUUUACACUGACAAGAAAACGCAUCUGUACACACUGGUCCUAAACCCAGAUAACAGCUAUGAGAUGUUCAUUGACCAGUCCAGUGUGAGCCGUGGGAACCUCCUUCACGAUGUGGUUCCUCCGGUUAACCCACCACGUGAGAUCGACGACCCGAAGGACUCCAAACCCGAGGACUGGGACGAGAGGGCCAAGAUCCCUGACCCAGAGGCAGUCAAGCCAGAAGACUGGGACGAGGAAGCACCUGCAAAGAUUGAAGACCCUGAUGCCCUGAAACCAGAGGGAUGGCUCGACGAUGAACCUGAAUUUGUCCCUGAUCCCAGUGCAGAGAAACCAGAGGACUGGGAUGAGGAGAUGGAUGGUGAAUGGGAGGCCCCUCAGAUCCCAAACCCAGCAUGUGAGACUGCCCCCGGCUGUGGGAAGUGGAAACGCCCCAUGAUCAACAACCCCAAAUACAAGGGCAAGUGGAAGGCUCCUCUAGUGGACAACCCCAAUUAUCAGGGGGUGUGGAAGCCACGUAAAAUCCAGAACCCAGAGUUUUUCGAGGACCUGCACCCCUUCAGGAUGCGCCCGUUCAGCGCCAUCGGUCUGGAGCUAUGGUCCAUGACGUCGGACAUUUACUUUGACAACUUCAUCAUCACAUCUCACAAAGAGGUGGCUGACCGCUGGGCGUCCGACAGCUGGGGGCUCAAGAAACUCGUGGCCAGCGCGAAUGAACCUGGAAUCGUUGCUCAGCUGAUGUUGGCUGCAGAGGAGCGUCCUUGGCUCUGGGUCAUCUAUAUUCUUACUGUGGGGCUUCCUGUGGGGCUGGUUGUGCUCUUCUGUUGGCCAAAGAAAACAGAAGAUGAGUAUGUUUAUAAGAAGGUGGACGUUCCUAAUGAGGAUGUAGAGGAGGAAGAGGAGGAGGAAGAGGAGGACGAAGCAGUGCUCGGUGAAGAACAAGGACCAGAGAACGGAGACGCGACACAGGGUGAAAUCGUAGAAGAAGAGGAGGAGGAAGAGGAGGAAGUGAACGGUCUUUCAGGAGAUGAUGAAGAGGAAGAAGAGGGAGAGGAGGAAACCAAAGCUCCAGAUAGAACAACAGAUGACCUGUCUAAAGGUGAAGGCGGUGGUGCAGAGGAUGGUCAAAAACAGUCUGUGAGAAAGAGGAGGGUUCGUAAAGACUGAUCAGGAGAACCAGGGGAUCACUACUGCCCCCUAAUGUCCCAUCCGAGGAGGAGCAUCUCUGCUGUUGCCCUUCCACUCUCAGAGCAGAGCAGCACGGAACUCCUCCAAAAUACCUGGAAGCCUGCCCAAUUGUCUCUCUUUCCUCUUUCCCGUAAUACAAAGCAACACAUCAUCCAAUUCAUACUUACUUUUAGGUCUACUAAACAAUAAAUUUAACGAUUGUCAAAAUAUUUACACAAAGGGACAAUUCAUGAUACAUUUAGCUUUAAUUUUCCAUCUAUAUCCAACCUACACCAAGAAUAAACCAGGACUAACCCAGGUCUAGACAUGGACCCCCAAUCAAGACUUCAACAAUGAAAUGUUGACCUUAAAUGGAUAUGUGUGUUUUGUCAUCUUUUUCUUAAUGAUUUCUUAAUAUGUAAUAAUUUAUAAUAUUUUCAUUUUAAUUUGAAUUUAAACAUUUACAUCACAGUUCCAAAAUUAGCUUUGGAUCAACAUAAAAGAACAGCAUUGGUAAAAGGUAACAUGAUAUAUUAAUUUAAAGUCAACAUUUUGUACAUUUAAGGGGAGACAUCACAGGCAAACCCUUGGUUUGCACAGACUAAGCACAUUAGGAAAUGGUAUUUCAGACCAGUGUCAAAGAUGUAACAUGUCCAUUGGAAGUCUUGUUCACAUGCUUUGGCAUUGUGUUAAAUUGUAAUUCUACAUGAACUAUGUGAUCAGGAUAACAUCUGAUGUGUGUGGACUUUCCAGGGUUUGGAUUUUUGCAUCACUUAAAUUAACACCUGCAGGGGAAUAUUUCAUGCUGUAUUUUUAGUCCUCUUCUCCUAGCUGGACUAAUUGGAUCGAUGAACUGUUGUCGUACUGCACCCCAAAAAAGAUCCUGCAUUCUGUGAAGGGGAAGCAUUGUAUUUUUGACGAAAUACGGACACCAUUCUUCUGGUGUUCGGACAGGACUGGACUUGACUGUUGAUUACUAGUGAUUAUACAUAUUUUUUUCUUUUAUGUGUGACAGUUAUGGACUCUAGAAUUCGUUAUAACUCCAUAUUGUAGGGGAGACUACCAUGUUAUGAACUAUAUUGUUGUGUCCUGUCAGUUUCAUCAAGUUAAGGACACAUUCAUCUUCCGUCAAGUUCCAAUGUUUUUAAAUAUUUUAUUAUAAGCCUUGGGAAAAGAGGUAGCUAGGUUGUGAGGAAAAAAUCCUGUUGAUUUUUGAGGCAUUUGUGCUGAAAAGAUGCUUCAGCUUAUAUGUUUUAAGAAUUACCUCUUUUAUCAUUUAUGUUUUUAUUAGCUUAGUCUGUAAGAAGAGCCACUAUUUUGUCUAAUUUUAAGUUAUAGCUGGAUUGGGACUGAUGAUCAUACUUAUUUAUUUAGUUUGAUGCCUGUAGUAUACAAACACAUUAUUAUGAAUGAUUUCAUGCAGACUUCAAAUGAAGACAUACUUGAAACCCAGGAUGUAUUUUAUAGAAAAGAAGAGCGCUUUGGCCUAUAUGAAAUAGAAUUGCCUCUACCUGGUUUGAAGAUAUGUCUGUUUGUCAAUACACACCAAUGUACUCCCAGUCCUCUUCUGUAGCUGGAUUUUUGAUCCGAGAUUGUUGACUGGGAAAAUGUUGACGCUAAACAAUUUUUAUUAUCAUUAUUAUUAUUAUUUGAAGCUUUUAUAGUUGAUAUUUUGGCCAGGACUUGGCGAAUGUUCCUGUUAACAUUUGUUUGCAAAAUUGUACAUUGCUCUGAAAAAUAAAAUUAUUUAAUACAAAA